GUGUGGCUGGCAGCGCUGAGGGAGGCGGAGCUUCAGGACUCCAACGAGCAGCACUUCAUCUGUGAGGACCACUUCCUGCCGGAGGACCUCACCGCCAACGGGGUCACCGGGGGAGCCAUUCCCAUCAUGCCCCCUGACCUGGACCCUGGGGGGCCCUGGGGGGCCGAGUCCUCCGAGGAAGAGGAGGAGUGGGUCAUCGGAGACUGUGAAGAGGAGGAGGAGGAGGAGGAAAGUGGAGAUGAUGCUCCUCCUCCACCAGAUCAACCACAGCAGAAUCCAGGUGGAGGUCUGGAGAAUCCAAGUCUGGAGAACCCUCUGGAGGCCGAGAGGACCAGGAAACAAUGGAACCAGUCUCAGGGAUACAGCAGAAGGGGUGCAGGCGGGUCUCUGGGGCUGCUGACUCUGCGUUUCCUGGAGCUGCUGCUGGCAGCUCCGGACGGCGCUCUGGACCUCAGGGACGUCGCCGAGAUCCUGCAGACCAGCAAAUGGCGAGUCUACGACAUCACGCACGUCCUUAACGGGUUCGACUUCAUCCAGAAGGAGUCCACCAACUGGGUCAAGUGGAUAGGAAAGAUUCCGAUCUCCUGCCUUCUGAGGAGGAACCAGCAGACGUUCCAGAGAGAGCUUGAGAACCUGAAGCAGGUGGAGGACCAGCUGGACGGCCUCAUCAAGAUCUGCUCCCAGCAGCUGUUUGACCUGACGGAUGACGUGGAGAACGCUGCGUCAGCCUACGUGACCCCCGAGGACAUCAGACGGCUCAGAUCCGUCCAGCAGCAGACCGUCAUCAUCAUCAAAGCUCCAGAGGAAACCAAGCUGGAGGUUCCUGCUCCACAAGAG